CGUUGUUAAAGAACAUUCAUUCCAUUCUUUAAGAAGCUAGCAAUAUUUCACUUAAAUUCAUAAUUUAUACAUGAAGGUAAAUGAGUGUUGUAACAUCUGUGCUAGUUAUUUACAACACACUGGAUGUCAUAUCAAUAGCUUCACUGCAUUGGAUAAUGUUUGAACUUUGCACUUUUAUUGUUUGUUGCUUACGAGAAAUGUUAACGGGCGUGGAGUACAAUAAUAAUUUGCGGGAUCACGGGCCAUUCUACACUCAAAUUUUAUAUAAAAUAUUUAGCAAUGUGCAUGCAACUUUUGUAAUAAUGGGUGUAUCCAAUGAAUAGGAAUAUCAUUAGAUCAUUUUAAUGUGAUAAUUUGCUAUUGACGUCAAAUAAUUGAC